GUUUGAUGAGGUAAUAAUUCCACUAAUUCCACUAAUUCCACUAAUUCCACUAAUUCCACUAAUUUUCACUAAUUCCCCACACUUCAGCUGUCACCUUGCUUUGUUGGUCCUGUGCACGGUCAGUAAGACAUACACCCCUGAUUCUCACAGAAAACAACCCAACCUUUUUUCUAUGAAAGAGGCACUGUUUUAACAACCCAUUACAAUGUCGUCGUCAACUGGUUUGAGCCGUAUGCGCUCACUGCGCAAGCCUACUUCCGGAAGCAAUGAAUCAACCCAAAGAACUCAAAAGGAUGGCCCUUCAACUCGAAAUAGUGAGCUUAGGACCACCUCUCCCAGCCGACUACCGGUGAAGCCAACCAUGACAACACGAUCAGCCGCUGCAGCCACCUCGUCCACCACCGCCACCCGAAUUAGAACGGCGAGCUCUACCACUACAGGAACUACCACAGGAAGAUCGGUGUCGGGUGGUUAUAGUAGGACUACACGUCCAGAUAGUACUAGCAAUCCUGCACCGAGACCUCUUGGCAGAGCCGCUUCUACACGCCAAGCACCAUCUUCCUCAACAGCAACAACCACCCGUUCCGCUGCCGCCUCCGCCUCCGCCGCCACCACUACCACCACGAGCACCGGGCGACCGCGAUCAUCAGGGGGCCCCCCUCCUGUAGCUUCCAAUCGAGGAGGAACAACAGCGAGCCAUUCACGCUCUAAAUCUACCGUAACAAGCCUAACAGCUGCAACGACCCUGCGCCCAGUAUCCCAAGUAUCUUCCUCUUCUUCUGGCCGCACAAGUCCCCCAGCAAGCACAAUCACAACCGCAAGCUCCAAGACAGGAAUCUCGAAGCCGUUAACGCGAUCACAAACGCAUGCGCGUGCGAAAUCCCACUCUGUCAGCACUAACAAUAAUACCACCGCCGCACAACCCCCGACAACACAUACCAGCCGGCCCGCUUUCAACAACCACCAGCAGCAUUACAGCCCCGCCAAAUCUUUAGCUCCCAAACCCCUUACUUCGACCUUCCUUGCGCCCCCCACCCCCUCCAAGCUACCCGCCAAUGUUGCCAUCUCCGCCGAAACGAGUCGUCUACAAACGGAGCUCCUCCAGCUAUCCCUCCUGCACCGCGACGCCCCCGCCGUCGACGCCGAGUGGCAUGCCAGUGCACGCCAGAAGCUCGGGACCCGCUUUUCACGGCUAGCCAACGACAACGAUGCAUUACUCAGUCUCGAGAGAUCAGGUGUCGAAGCACGAAACAUAGCCGCACUCGUGCGGUGGGGUAGCAAAGGGCUAAGCUUGGAAGAGAAGGUACAAAUCUUAGACGAGGUACUGAACGGCGUCUGGCAGCUCGGUGAGCCUGGCGGGCGAUACCAACGCGUGGCCGCCGGGUUCGAGGCCUGGGCCUCGCGAAUGGCGGAAGUCAUCGCAGCCCAGCGAAGCGGCGACGUAGACGCCCUCGUCGACGGCGACGACGUGCGGUUCCUCGCCGACCUCGACCGCGGCUGGAAGCACGACUGCGCCUACCUCCUACGGAAACUCGAGGGCUGGCGGAGCUCGCUAGACGAUCUCGACUCCUCCGACCCCGACCUAGACCUAGACCCAGACUCAGGCCUCGCCCGCAUGCUCGACGGCAGCCGCUCCCUCGUCCACGACAUGCUGGCCGAGCUCGCCGUGAUGCAGCGCAUCGAGCGCGACGCCGCCCGCGCCGAGGACGACUGGAUCGAGCGCAUGAACCGCGCCAUCGAGGACGAGGACGACGAUACCCCCGCCGCUAGGGCGUACGUGCCGCUCUGGAAGCUGGCUUUGUAGCAUUAGUUAGUAUAUUAGUAAACGGCAACUGGUAAAUAGUAAAGUAGUGGUAGCAGCAGCAAGCAGAACAAACAAAUGAUCGGUACCUAUUGUUAUUUAUGCAUUUCCUACCGACAUACCUAGGUUAGGUAACCUAGAUCGCUUGAAAUGAUAUGAUGUACCUAUGUAAUAUAUCCUUCCUACCUACCUACCUAGGUAGCCUAGGUAGUCAUUCAAGUGUCAUUAAGCCGUAACAUUAGAAAUCUCGAGUCUGAUCUACAGUGCCCACAUACAUACAUAGUUACAUACAUAGUAAAAUAGUACG